AUGUCCGGGGCGCCCGACGCUGCAGCCGCCAGGCCGCGGCUGCGCAUCGACUUUCCUCCCGUCAAGGACAAAGAGGAACUCGUCAAGAAGCAACGCGCCGCCGUCGGUCAGGACGAAAUUCGUGAAGACAUGGAGAAAGACAUCCCACCAGUGAUCCGUAGUGUUUUGGAGCUAUCACAUCUAACCAUGAGCGGUCAUAGCCAGUGGCUGCGCGCUGCACCUGGCUACCAGGGCGGUCUCUUCCACAAGGGCAAGCCCUUCUGCUUUGCCAGUGGGUACCGAGACACUAGCCGUCCACUCGACGCCGAGGAUAAGGGUAACCACAUGAAGCUAAAGGACCCGCUCGUGUACGGCACCUUAUCGCUGCCAGUAACGGCUGCCUACGUAUGCGAGCUGCACGGUAAGGGUAUCUUCAACCUGGAAACACCUCUGUUCCAGUACCUACCAGAGCUCCAGUGCAAGCUCAGCGAGGACGUCACCGCCCGUAGCGUGCUCUCCUUCACCCAUGGCAUUGACGACGCACAUCUGCUCAAGGAUGCGGGAGCGCGCUGGCAUCGGCCCUGCUUCUCUCCGUUGCUGUGCGCCGAGACGCACGCUCGCGUGUACGAGCGGGUGAAUCGCUUUCUUGCCGGUGGCACGACGCCUGCAACGGCGCUGACGGGGCAGCAGCAGCGAGCGAACCUCGUCCAGUACGUCCGCUCCUCACCUCGCAUCACUCGCAGCUUUACGCGAUCGCUUCACCGAGCCAACAUCAGCCACACCUCCGUGGCCCUGCUGCUGGCUGCGGUAGAGACGCAGCUGAAGGGCCGCAGUUUCGAGAGCGACAUCCGCACCGUCUUCUUCGAGCCCGCUCAGAGCCACGGCACCGGCUACGGCGCACCAACGUUGUGGAAGGACCCGAACGAGCUCUUCUACCAACCCACAGGUCAGGCUCUGCAACACGAGACCUUCAAGCGGCCGGUGGCCAUCGGCGACCCGCGCAACUGUGGUCCUGCGGUGUGGAACGGCUCGCUGAACCUCUACGCCCCUGUCGAGGACUACGGCAAGCUUCUGCUGCUCUCGCUCGACACCAUCAUGGACGCCCGCGAGCUGCUCGGCAAGCCGGCUAACGCUAACGGGCGCCCCUACUACGAUUUGGGGGUGCAGUACGUGCCAUCCAAGGACCAUCUGCAGCUGACCAAGCCAGUUUUCUACGGCAUUGAUGCCCUCCCUGCCGCCGCGUCCUUCCGCUACAGCUGCGAGCACGACCUCGGCUGCUUUGGCGUCGCCUCCUGCGGCAGCCGCGGCGCUCGCUUCUUUGUGAACAACCUCUCCCGCAUCAUUCAGCACCUGUUCGUGAAGCACGUGUUGGCCAAAGGGCUCGACCCUGAGAAACCCGUCAACCUCGACGACCCCGCGCAGAGAGGCGAGGAGACGGAGGAGACGCUCCAGCGGACGAUGAAGCGGCAGAAGUUGACGAACUACUUCACGAAGUACGAGGCGCACAGGCGCUACUGA